UUGCCUGUCGGAUAAAAAGCGCAGCAGAGAGGCGGGUCGGCGGACAGAGAAGGAGCAUCACAGAGCCAUACAGAACCAGGGACUGAGGCUUCUUUAGAGGUACCAAAACAAAAACGUGGAACCACAUCGCCAUGACAGGGAAGGAGGGAGUUGUGCUUUCAGACACCGAGAAUAAACAGAAAUCAGCCUCACAAACAAGUGUGAACCACUUGGGAUCCCAGCAGCCGCCUCCAGUCUGGAAGAUGGCCCCCACGGUGCACCGGCGCACCGGCUUCGGGAUCCAGGAGCUGCUCGGCCUCAAUAAGGAGCCCGUGGCGGCACCGAGGCGACCGCUGGAGGCUCUGCCGCACAGGGCGCACGUCCUGGCCACCAGGUCGGCCCUCGGACACGGAGGCCUCGGGGUCGGUAUGGGUUUGCUGGGACCAGAGGGAAUACACUCGUUUUACAGCCAGCCUGCCUUUCUGGAGGUGCUGUCAGAGGCGCGAAAUGUGCACCUGCAGCCGCUGCACAGAGUGACGCACAUGGACGCGCAGAUGGACGCGCAACACUCCGCCAGCUCCGAUUCUGAUGACAUGAGUCUUUCUUCCGGUGAUCAAAAGUUCUCCAAAUCCUCCAUGAGUCAGAGCAAGAAAAGAAAGAAAAGACGACACAGAACCAUUUUCACCUCCUAUCAGCUGGAGGAGCUGGAGAAAGCUUUUAACGAAGCUCACUAUCCAGACGUGUACGCCAGAGAAAUGCUGUCCAUGAAGACUGAGCUACCGGAGGACCGAAUCCAGGUGUGGUUUCAGAACCGCAGGGCCAAGUGGAGGAAGAGGGAGAAGUGCUGGGGUCGCAGCAGCGUGAUGGCAGAGUACGGCCUGUACGGCGCCAUGGUCCGCCACUCCAUCCCUCUGCCCGAGUCCAUCCUCAAGUCAGCCAAGGAGGGCGUCACGGACUCUUAUGCUCCCUGGUUACUAGGUAUGCACAAGAAGUCCAUGGAAACACCACACAGCUCUCCCGGAAAGCCCAGCAGUCUGACACCGCCACCAACGCAGGAGAAUCCAGAGGACAAAGUGAUGGAGGAAGAAACCGAGAAACACACAAAAGACAUUAACUCACCUAUUUCCAAAGAGGAGCUGAGGGAGAACAGUAUUGCUGCACUGCGAGCGAAGGCGCAGGAGCACAGCGCCAAGAUGCUCGGGACAGCACAGACAAACGGCCACGCGGCGCAAAAAGAGGAGGCCGAGGACGAGGUGACGGAGCAGGAAAUGGCAGAGGCGGAGAAGAGUAACUAAAACCAAACAGAAGGACACAAACUGAUGACAACCCACCUGCAGGGUGGACUUUCCAGACGUUUCAGAGGGACAGAAGUCUUGUAUUAUUGGUUGAACUGAACCCUUGAGGUGUGUGGAGUAACAGCUGAACUUCUUACUGAAGAUCAAAUAUUAUAAAGACAAAUACAUGAGAAAUAAUUUUCUUUUUUUCCACCUACCUGUCAG